AUGGCAGACUCCGUCGACUCUAUUGUCAAAGGGGCGCCGCAGCCCAGCGCCAACGCCAAACCGCCGCCAACGGGGACGAGCCCAAUAGGUUCCGUCAAACCGGGCGACCCACUGAACCACACACCGAGCUCGCCUUCUAUGAUCUAUCUCAACAUGCUGAUCCUCGAGGCGUCGCUGCGCGCCCAAUAUCUCGACCUGCGUACGCGUCGGCGCAAACAUACGUUCUUCCUUAGCUUGCUUUCCGUCUGGCUGCUGGUAUUCGGAUAUGGGCUCUUUUUCGCGCCCCGCGAGGAUGGCAAUGGUGUGGGAGGGUCGGUAUACUGGGUUGUAGACAUGACGGAGAAAGUGUGUUUCAUCAGUGGCGUUGUAACAGCCCUUUUGGUAUGGGGCACGGGCAUAUGGGAUCGUGGUAUACGAUGGCCGCGAAGAUGGUUUGGCAUAUCCAACAGGGGCUUGCGAGGGUUCAACUGCAAAUUAGUUAUCAUCAAGAGGCACUGGUGGGUCGAGGUGGUCUCAACCAUCGGCUUCUUCUUUACAUACGGCGCAUUCUCCGGCACGGCAGGCCAGUAUCGGUUCGUGGAUCCGUCGAUUCUUCGUGAAGUUGAGAAAGAACUCAACUUGACGCACCGAGAACAUCCGCCACUUCCUUUCGCCAACACCGAUGAAGAGAAAGGAGGCCACGAGGAAGAUCUUGCACCCGGGGGAGACUAUGUCAAGCUCCUAUUGCUGGCGAAGCCAUUCUCGCCGACAUUCCGGGAGAACUGGGAACUGUACAGAAGCGAGUACUGGGAACGGGAGAACGAGCGUAGGGCCUUGCUACGUAAAAAGCUACGACAGCGCGACAGAGAAAUCGCGAAACGGCAGAGUCGCUGGUUCUGGUGGCUUCCGGGACGGCGACGCGUGGAAGCAAAAUUGCAUGUCACUUUACCUGGCGACGAGAAGACACUACACCAUCGACCCUCGCAGAUUCUCAAGGACCACAAGCGAGCAAGGAGCGGCAGUGUCCGUCGCGGCAGCACAUCGGCAGGCUCGUCACGCAGUCCCACGCCUACGAUUGAGGUGGAGGACUGUUUUUUCAGCAGGAAAGCCAGCACUGCAUCCAACUCGUCAGAUAAAAGGCGCAAGAAGCAGGGCUCGACGAGAACCAAGCGUCCAGGUGAUUCGCGAUCUUUAACGCCGGAUUUCCCGUCACCACUUGCUAGAGAAAGCAAUAUCAGCACGUCUGGGCGCCCCAGCGUAUCGCCUUAG